UGAGCCCACAACCCCACGCCUCACGUGGAUGUCCUAGGAUGUGGCUGAUACCAGCCUAUCCUGGCCCAGCCCAUCUGCUUGAAGCCUCCAUGCUCAACCAGAGCCCAAAGCAAGACAGCUUUAAGCUGUGUGUGGAUCGAUCAUAGGACUAACAUGGAUGCUAAAAAACCAAGGAACUGCAGUUUGACAUCCUUCCCAAUUUUGAAAGCAAGAAAGAAACAGAAUAUCAACCCUGGGAAGGUUGAGAGUAAGCCUUUGGUUCAAGCCCAGAAGCCACCUUCCAAGAUCAAGAACCUCAGAAUGACUCGAUUCUUGCCUAAGAAUCCAAACACCAGCAUUACUUCACUCCCUUUUGUGGAUACCAAGGGGAAGAAGAACAUGGUUAACUUCCCACGCAUCAGCAACAAAAUCUUGCUAAAGCCACCCCUGCUGUAUCAGGAGAAUCAAAGUCACAAUCAGACGCCAGCCUCUGAGCUCCGGACUUCAGAGAUGCCUUUUCAUUCAAGCAUUAAAACCGAAGAUCUCAAGCCAGAGGAGAAACCACCAAGAAAGCACAAGGUGCCUCUGACGGCAGCAGAGGCCCUAAAGUUUUUUAAGAACCAGCUAUCUUCAUAUGAGCAAAGUGAAAUCCUGGGCUACACGAAGCUGUGGUUCCUGGGGCUUGAAGCAGAGAAGCUCCAUGUGACUCCUGAGAAGUUAAGCAAAACAAGUUUCGAUGAUGAACACGGCUCCUAUAUGAAGGUCCUGCAUGACCACAUUGCCUACCGCUAUGAGGUUUUGGAGAUGAUCGGGAAAGGGUCCUUUGGACAGGUGGCCAAGUGCUUGGAUCACAAAAACAAUGAGUUGGUGGCCUUGAAAAUCAUCAGGAAUAAGAAGAGAUUUCACCACCAGGCCCUGGUGGAGCUGAAGAUCCUGGAAGCUCUCAGAAGGAAGGACAAAGACAACACCCACAAUGUGGUACACAUGAAGGACUUUUUCUAUUUUCGCAAUCAUCUCUGCAUCACCUUUGAACUCCUGGGAAUCAACUUAUAUGAGUUGAUGAAGAAUAAUAGCUUUCAAGGCUUCAGUCUGUCAAUAGUUCGGCGCUUCACCCUCUCUGUUUUGAAGUGUUUGCAAAUGCUUUACGUAGAGAAAAUCAUUCACUGUGAUCUCAAGCCUGAGAAUAUAGUGUUAUACCAAAAGGGCCAAGUCUCUGUUAAAGUCAUUGACUUUGGAUCAAGCUGUUAUGAACACCAGAAAGUAUAUACCUACAUCCAAAGCCGGUUCUAUAGAUCCCCAGAGGUGAUUCUGGGCCAUCCCUACAACAUGGCCAUUGAUAUGUGGAGCCUGGGGUGCAUCAUGGCUGAGUUGUACACAGGCUACCCUCUCUUCCCUGGGGAGAACGAAGCGGAGCAGCUGGCCUGCAUCAUGGAGGUGCUGGGCCUGCCACCAACCCACUUCAUUCAGAGGGCCUCCAGGAGACAGACAUUCUUUGAUUCCAAAGGUUUUCCUAAAAAUAUGACCGACAACAGGGGGAAAAAAAGAUACCCGGAUUCUAAGGAUCUCACGAUGGUGCUGAAAACCUACGACACCAGCUUCCUGGACUUUCUCAGAAGGUGUUUGGUAUGGGAACCUUCUUUUCGCAUGACGCCUGACCAGGCCCUCAAGCAUUCUUGGAUUCAUGAGCCACGGAAUCUCAAACCACGGUCCAGGCCCCAGACCCUGAGGAAAGCCAGUCUCUGUCUCCCCUCUGAGGCUCCAAAGGCCAAGGUUCCAGGGCAUCAUCACUUGGACAUAAGCGAGGUGAUCACCAAAGAAGAGACCAUAGACAAAAUAAAAGGUGGCACCACCAAGCAGGUUCAGAAUUUGGGUGAUCAGCAGGGCUCUCUGCAGCAUGCAGCUGAAGUUGUCCAGCUGCCUCAACUAACAGAAGCUUCCGGAAAGCCAGAGGCAGCUGUUGGACCAGAGGGGUCCAAGACCUCCCCAGAAAAACAAAGUAAAAACUCCUCACCCAAGAACAUGAAUAUUUUACCACCUAUUGUAUGACCUUUGCUGAAGGUGUGUCCUGUUCCUUUCCACCAAUGAUUUGUAUUAGAGACAGCACUUACAUUCUACAAUAUUUCAGAUUGUUCUUUUUUAAUGCAUAAAGGUUUGUUUAAAAAAAACUUUAUUCACAUGGCCGGUUAGCAUGAUUCCUAUUAUGAGGGAUGAGAGAGAAUGUUCUUGCACAAAUGAUGUGUGUAUAUGGGGGCGGAGGGGCAAGUACUCAAUGUCAUAGCAUCACUAAUAGAACUCUGAAUAUUUUUUUUAUUUUCUUUUUCCCCAAGACAGCUGACCUGUGGAUUCUUGUUUGAAAAUGAAAAUGAAAAACCAGUUUGAAUUUAGCUUGUAACUAGCUUAAGCACCAAAGGACAUUUAUUUGUUUAUGUAAUUGAGGAAUCAGGAGGGAUAAGUGUGAUUUCAGGCACUGUGGAGUCUAAAAAUUCAGACAAGGUCAUAGGGCUCAGAUUCCCUCUCUACCUAUUAGCCUUGCUUCUUUUUGUGGUUUUCAUUCUAAAGACAAGCUCUGCCCAGAAGUUAAAGUGACCACCAGUAUCCUGUCAAAAGAUGCAGUCCUGGUAGGAAAGUCUCAGAAAUGACUGGACUUGAACCAAGCACUAUGUCUGAGAUAUUGGGAUCUUGUGAUUGGAUAGGCUGGGUCACAGGCCCACACUGUGAUGAUGGUAGCACCAUGGAGUAGGGGACAGAGUAUUUCCCAAAGGAAGGGAAGCUAAGUAAACAACAGGAUAUAUUCACUCAUCCACCAUCCUCAAAAUCUCAUUUGGCUUUCUAGUCCUUCUCUGUAUGAAUAUAUAAUCUCUAUAUGAUUGUAAUUAUAGAAUAGAUACAAUUUUAUAAGAAACUUAAGAUCAUAACCUCAUAAACAACAUGGAAAAU